AUGACGGCGCGGCGGGAGGCGGCGGCCGGCUCCCCCUUCCCUCAAUGCGGCGGCUGGGGGGCAGCCGCGCUGCGCCUCACCCUGGCGGUGCUCCUGCACUCGGCCCGGGCCGAGAAGGAAGCUUUCAUCCAGUCGGAUGGAAUAAUAGAAAUGCUACGUUUUGAUGAAGGAGACCUUUUGCAGACUGAGACAACUAUAGGCCUCAGUUCAUAUCAACAGAAAAGUGUAUCCCUGUAUCGGGGAAAUUGCCGACCUCUGCGGUUCGAGCCACCGAUGCUGGAUUUCCAUGAACAGCCAGUUGGAAUGCCAAAAAUGGAGAAAGUUUACCUACAUAACCCUAGCUCAGAAGAAACAAUUACACUAGUAUCAAUAUCUGCUACAACAUCGCAUUUUCAUGCGUCAUUUUUUCAAAAUAGGAAAAUUCUUCCAGGAGGCAAUACAUCCUUUGAUGUAGUUUUCCUCGCAAGAGUAGUGGGAAAUGUAGAGAACACUUUAUUUAUUAACACUUCUAACCAUGGGGUAUUUACUUAUCAGGUGUUUGGCAUUGGAGUAUCGAACCCCUAUCGUUUGCGCCCCUUUAUUGGGGCACGAGUUCCUGUAAAUAGCAGUUUUUCUCCUAUAAUAAAUAUACAUAACCCUCACAGUGAACCUUUGCAGGUAGUAGAAAUGUAUUCCAGUGGAGGUGAUCUCCAUUUAGAGCUUCCAACAGGUCAGCAAGGAGGUACAAAGAAGCUGUGGGAAAUACCUCCCUACGAAACAAAAGGUGUGAUGAGAGCCAGCUUUUCUUCGAGAGAAGCAGAUAAUCAUACAGCAUUCAUUAGAAUAAAAACAAAUGCCUCAGACAACACGGAAUUUAUCAUUCUCCCUGUUGAGGUAGAAGUUACAACAGCACCAGGAAUCUAUUCAUCAACAGAAAUGCUAGAUUUUGGUACGCUACGAACACAAGAUCUGCCAAAAAUUUUAAAUCUGCAUUUAUUAAAUUCAGGAACAAAAGAUGUGCCAAUUACAAGUGUGAGACCUACACCACAGAAUGAAGCUAUAACAGUGCAUUUCAAACCAGUUACGUUAAAAGCCUCUGAAAGUAAAUAUACCAAAGUUGCAAGUAUUAGCUUUGAUGCAUCAAAAGCAAAAAAAGCAUCACAGUCUUCUGGGAAAAUAACUGUUAAAGCAAAAGAGAAAAGCUACUCCAAACUUGAAAUUCCCUAUCAAGCAGAAGUAUUGGAUGGGUAUUUAGGGUUUGAUCAUGCUGCUACGCUUUUUCACAUCCGUGACGGUGCUUCUGAUUCUGUGGAAAGACAAAUCUAUCUAACAAACACAUUCAAUUUUGCAGUCCUUAUACAUGAUGUUGUGUUACCAGAAGAAGCAAAACCAAUGUUUAAAGUCCAGAACUUCAGCAAACCUGUCUUAAUUCCACCCAAUGAAUCCAGAUAUAUAUUUACACUUUACUUUAUGCCUUCCACAUCAUCUGUCCAUAUAGAUAACAAUAUUCUACUUAUCACCAAUGCUUCUAAAUUUCACCUACCCGUUCGAGCAUACACAGGAUUCUUAGAUUACUUUGUACUGCCUCCAAAAACUGAGGAACGAUUUAUAGAUUUUGGCAUAUUGAGUGCAGCAGAAGCUAGCAGCAUUUUAUUUGCCAUCAUCAACAGCAAUCCAAUAGAGCUGGCUAUAAAAAGUUGGCAUAUUAUAGGGGAUGGUUUGGCCAUAGAACUCCUAACAACUGAAAAGGGAAAUAGAACAACAGUAAUUGCAAACCACCACAAACUACAAAAUGCUGGUGCAUCUGAUCAGUCUUCAGUGAUACUAACAUCAGGUUAUUAUGCUGUGUUUAGAGUAAAACUAAUAGCAAAAGAACUUGAAGGAAUUCACGAUGGAGCUGUGCAAAUCACAACAGAUUAUGAGAUUUUAACUAUACCAGUGAAAGCAGUGAUUGCUGUAGGCUCACUGACUUGCUCCCCAAAACAUAUAUUUCUUCCACCUUCUUUUCCGGGGAAAGUAGUUCACCAGAGCCUGAACAUUAUGAACUCCUUCUCUCAGAAAGUGAAAAUACAGCACAUACGUUCCCUGUCUGAAGAUGUAAGGUUUUAUUAUAAGAGACUGAGAAGUAAUAAAGAAGAGCUGGAGUCGGGAAAGAAGUCAAAGAUUGCAAAUAUUUAUUUUGAUCCUGGUUUACAAUGUGGGGAUCACUGUUACGUAGGAUUGCCUUUUCUAUCUAAAUCGGAAUCUAAAGUUCAGCACAGCCUAGCAAUGCAAGAAGAUAUGUGGGAUUCUGACUGGGAUUUGCAUGAGAACUUGUUCAAAGCGUGGACAGAAAUAAAAGAGAACUCAAGCCAUAGGCUGAAUGCAAUAUUUGAAGUGGACACAGAUCUUCAGAAGGAUGUUCGGUUGACAGUUACUGCAGAAAUGGCCUGGCCUUCCAUACUUAGCUCCCCACGCCUGUUGAGCUUCCCACUCACCAAUACUAACAGUUCAUCAGAAGAAGAAAUUUUUCUUGAAAAUCCAGCUGAUGUUCCUGUGUAUGUUCAGUUCCUUCCUGUAGCCCUGUACUCUAACCCAUCCAUGUUUGCUGAUAAAAUGCUAGAACGGUUUAAUUUGAGUAAGCCAAUGGAUUUCAACCUGAGGACUCUAGAAUUCCAGGUCUUCAGAAAUUGUGUCCAGCCUCUGCAGAGCACUGUCGGACUUACAAAAGGCCUGGCUCGUCAUUCAGUUCUAAGCCUAAUGUUAAAACCUGGGGAAAGGAAGUCAGUCAAAGUAAAAUUCACUCCAGUUCUUAACAAAACUGUUUCAUCAUUAAUUGUUAUCAGAAAUAAUUUGACUGUAAUAGAUGCCAUAAUGGUACAAGGACAGGGAACAACCGAGAGCUUGAAGGUUGCAGGCAAACCUCCUGGUCUUGGAAGUUCUUUACGCUUUAAAAUCACGGAAGCACUAUUAAAAGACUGUUCAGAAAAAAUGAAAUACAAAGAACCAAAUUUCACUCUCAGAAGAACGUUUAAAGUGGAAAACACAGGGCAGCUGCAGAUUAACGUGAAAACUAUGGAAAUCAGUGGCUAUACAUGUGAAGGAUAUGGAUUUAAAGUAGUUAACUGUCAAGAGUUUGCACUAAGUGUCAAUGCCUCUAAAGACAUAGUCAUACUGUUUACACCAGAUUUCACUGCUUCCAGAGUAAUUCGUGAAUUAAAACUCAUCACAGCAGGAGGCUCUGAAUUCAUAUUUAUCUUGAAUGCAUCCCUUCCAUAUCAUAUGCUAGCAACAUGUGCAGAAGCGUUGCCCAGGCCCAACUGGGAAUUGGCACUGUACAUCCUUACCUCAGGAAUAAUGAGUGUACUCUUUCUCCUAGUAAUCGGAACAGCCUAUCUAGAAGCUCAAGGAAUCUGGGAGCCAUUUAGAAGACGCUUGUCUUUCGAGGCCUCAGGCCCACCCUUCGAUAUGGGAAGGCCACUUGAUCUCAGGAGAAUAGUUGGAAUUUCGUCUGAUGGAAACUUGAACGCGCUUGGAUCAGAUUCUAAUCAUGGUCCUUCCAGAGGGAUCUAUGGAGCAGGCAGUUCGUCUUCACGAUCCAGUGCAGGGAAUCAUAAACAAUGCAGUGCAACAGCACACCUUCACAGCAAUAGAAAUGCACCUGAUGUUGAAAACAUCAAAUCCAAAAACAGUUCAAACAUGCCUAGUAAUAGGACUUCAACACAAGCAACUUCCGUGCAGUCAGUGAACAGAGCAGGCCCCUUUACCUUGGAUUCAGGUGCCACAGCUCAGACGCAUGCCGCAAGCAAAAGAGCCAAGGGCACAAGGCAGAACCAGCAGCCAACACAGCAGCAGACGACGGCUUUGGCAGAGCAGCCCCUCCAGCAACCCCCAGGAUCUGGGUCCCAGCAGCAAGAGCAACAGACUGAAAGCGCUUUGCCACAGCUACCGCUUCUCAGCCCGCCUCAUGCCGAGUGUGCCAGCAGCAGGAGGCACAGCUCAGAGGAUUCAGAUCUCACUGGACUCAUAGAAACUAUGGAAAAAGACUUUGACCACCCAGAAGCCCCUUCCCCAGAUGUGUUUACAGAGCAACCCCCAUCUCCACUAGCAAAAAACAAAGGGAAAGGGAAGGCACUUCAGCGAAAGGUGAAGCCACAAAAGAAACGGGAAGAAAAGGACAGAAGAGGAAAAGGGAAGCAACAGGAAGAUGAACUGAAGGAUUCCUUGGCAGAUGAUGACAGUUCUUCAACCACAACUGAAACCUCUAACCCAGAUACAGAACCACUUCUCAAAGAGGAACCUGAAAAACAAAAGGGAAAAGUUACACAGGAAAAACCGGAAAAUGAAAUGGUGCAAAUAAAACAGAAAAGUAAAAAACUGCUAACAAGUAUCAAGAAAGAAAUCCCUGUAGAUGUGAAAAGCAGUUCCUUGGAAUUACCUUAUACUCCCCCACUGGAAAACAAGCAGCGCAAAACCUUUCCAUCCAAGGUAUCCACACAGCACCUCUUGACGAAUGUGUCCAAAUCAAGAAACCUUCCAAAAACAAGAGGUCCAAACAAGUUAAUAGAGAGCAGGCCAUCAGUAUUAUCAAAGUUUCUCCCCAGUAGUUCUGGACAGGAGCUAGGAAACACCAGCAGCUCGGAAGGCGAAAAGGAUUCUCCUCCACCAGAGUGGGACUCUGUGCCACUUCACAAAGCUGGCAGCUCUACAGACAACCUUUAUAAACUCUCUCUGCAAACCAUGAAUGCAGAUGCUUUCCUGAAACAGCGACAGCCCUCACCUACACCUGCCUCUCCAUCUCCUCCUCCUCCUCCUCCUGCAUCCUUAGCUUUUGGGCCACGAGGAGGCACCUACAGCAGCAUUGUGAACAGCAGCUGCAGCAAUGAAACAAAAAGCAAGCAGCCCAGUGGUACCAAACACAAGCUGGCAAAGGCAGCUUCUCUUCCAGGAAGGAACGGAAACCCCACUUUUGCUGCUGUUGCUGCAGGUUAUGACAAGAGCCCAGGUGGCAGUGGCUUACCAAAGGUUCCCCCAACAAAGACAGAAGUUUCCAACAAUAUCAGCGUUUCCCACACAGUUGUUGACAGUGAUGGCUCUGACAGUUCGGGUUUGUGGAGUCCUAUCAGCAACCCCAGCAGUCCUGACUUCACACCUCUCAAUUCAUUCUCUGCAUUUGGACAUUCUUUUAACUUAACUGGAGAGGUUUUUAGCAAGCUUGGUUUAGCUCGACCUGCGUAUGGGCAGGAUGUUCAGAGAAACUGGAGCGAGUUCAAUCAUGUUCCAUCAUCCAUUUGGGAUCCUUCAGCUACAGAUUCCAUACCCUCCUGGCCUACAAGCUCAAGUUCACCAACUCAUACAACUGCAUCUAUCCUUGGCAACCCGAGCGGCCUGUGGUCCACCACUCCAUUCAGCAGUUCCAUCUGGUCAAGUAAUCUCAACAGUGGCCUUCCCUUCACCACUCCAACAAAUGCCUUGUCAGGUAUUGAUCUUAUGGGGAACGAAAACUCCUCGCCACCACCUCCUCCAUCUGCUGCUGCCACUGUUGCCAAUCCGGCUGAAGAUAUGGGACAGACCUACAAUCCUUGGAGAAUUUGGAGCCCAACGAUUGGAAGAAGAAGUUCAGAUCCAUGGUCUAAUUCACACUAUCCUCACGAAAACUGAAACCCAAAGCUAAGCGAAAGAAAAGAACUUGAAUCCAGGUCAUGAUAUGAUUCUGAAUGCAAAUUUUUUGAAACAUCGUUUUCAGGCGCCUGUUGGUCAUGGCUAUUUUUUCCCUCCUCUCUCUCCCUCCCCCCGAGUCACACUUUCACCACUUGCUCCUCUUUAAAGUCUAUCCUGCAAUAUGGUAGUGUGAGAUUACAGAUAAGCUUGGGAAAGUCUGGGUGUGGCCGUAAAUCCAACCUACAGCCAAAGCUUGCAAAUCUGGACAAUUUCACUGCUUCCUAUUUCACCAUCUGCCAUUUCUAUGUAGGAAGCAGUUUGAACUACAAAAUGGUCCUGGCAUGCAAUACUUUUAUGGAAGCACCGGUUUUGAUUUUUAAAUUUUUUCCAGUAUUACCCUCCAACUUAUAAUUUAAAUAAGAAAAAAGGCACUUUGUGCUAAAAUGCAGAGUAUUUUUUUAAAAAUAAGGCUGUCUUUGUUAACACAGGUUCUAAGAAUGUAAAAAAAAUGAAAAAAAAAAAAAAAAAAAAAUUGAAAAAAGGAAAAAAGAAAAAAAGAAAAAUUCCACAACAGAACCAACACAGAACCUUAACAGCAAAAUGGCUGAAUGUAAGAGCAUUCUGUUAAGACUGUAACACACUUUCUGUGCUCUUUGUACAUUUGUAAACCUGAAUGCAUUUUUAAGUUGAAACGAAAUGCACACAGCCAAGACUUGUGGAAAAAACAAGAUACCUUGUGCAUUUCUUAUGGCUACAACUUUGGGUUGUACUUUAAAAUAAAUACUGCUUUUUUCAA